AUGAAGUACGAAGAUGCCAUCCAGUUCAUCCGGCAGAAACGGCGGGGCGCCAUCAACAGCAAGCAGCUGAUGUACUUGGAGAAAUACCGCCCAAAGCAGAGGCUACGGUUCAAGGACCCGCACAACCACAAGAACAAGUGCUGCAUUAUGUAA